AUGCAGGGCACCCAAAAAGAAGCGGCUAUCCUGUGCGUGGUUCAGUCCGGCGCGCUGAUGAUGGAGUACCUGAGGGCCACGGGGGAGGCCUCGGCAGCCGCCGCAUCCCGCCGGCGGUGGGCCUUUCUGCACUCCCUGGGCCGGCGAGGUUGCGAGGAAGAGGAAGAAGGCUCCGAAGACGACGACGGGGAGGAGGAGGAGGAAGAGGAGGAGGCCUUACUCGCCCGGCAGGCGUCCAGCGCAGGCCUUCGUCGUGGCGGACGCCUGCGUUCGGUGGAGAGGCGCUUCUGGGCCCGGCCAAGGAGCACCGAGUGGUGGGAUCGGACGGUGCUGGAGACGUGGGACGACGCCCAGUGGCUGCAGAAUUUCCGCAUGCGGAAGGCCACGUUCUUGGAACUCUGCGCCCGGCUCUCUCCGGCUUUGCAGCGCCAGAAGACACGGAUGAGGAUCCCUCUGAGCGUGGAGAAGCGGGUGGCCAUCGCCCUCUGGAAGCUGGCCACCUCCGUCUGCUACCGGGACGUGGGCAACCAGUUUGGCGUGGGCCGGUCCACGGCCGGCUCGGUGGUCCUGGAAGUCUGCCGGGCCAUCCAGAGAGUGCUGAUGCGCUCCACCGUCACAGUGGGCAGCAACCUGGAGGAAAUCGUCCACGGGUUCGAGGCGAUGGGCUUCCCCAACUGUGCAGGCGUGGUGGGCACCACCCACAUGCCCAUCUUGUGCCCCCCUCACCAAGCCGCUGAGUACGUCAACAGCAAAGGGUAUUAUUCCAUGGCGUUGCAGGCUCUGGUGGACCACCGGGGCAUGUUCACCCACCUGAGCGCCGGCUGGCCAGGAAAAACCCACGAAGCCAAGAUCUUCAACAAGUCCACCUUGUUCACCAAAGGCCAGGAAGGGACCCUCUUUGCGCUGGGCCCCAUAGAGAUCGACGGGGUCUCGGUACCUAGAGUUAUUUUGGGAGGACCGGCUUACCCUCUUCUUCCGUGGCUGAUGGUCCCUUACACGGAGGAUCUGGAUGACGCUAAGGAGGCCUUCAACGCCACUUUGAACCGGUGCCAGGAGCCUCUGGAGGAGGCGUUCAGCCGGCUGAAGGGCCGGUGGCGAUGUCUGACGGGCCGUAACGACUGUGCCGUGGAAAACCUCCCGCGCCUGAUCUCGGCCUGCUGCGUCUUACACAACAUCUGUGAGGAGAAAGGGGAGGCCUAUGAAAAAACAUGGGAGGCAGAAGCUAAACAGCUGGCUGCUACUUUCGAACAGCCCCUCCAGCGGCCCGACGUCCGCAUUAAACCGGCGGCCAGGUCCGAGAGGGUCCGGGAAGCGCUCUGUGCCUACAUUGCCAGCAUGAUGAGUGAAAAGGAAAGGAUGUUCUGAUGGAGACGGUCAUCUUCCUGAUCCAGAUGUGCUGGGGACAAUAGAUGGACGACCUGAACCUUGAAAACGGAGGCAUAUGAGAGCUUCUGCCUUCUUCCUGAUCACUUGGAAUUGACCCCACUGAACUCAGCAGGACGUCCUUCUGAGCAGACAUGUAUAGGGUGGCACCCUAAGAACCUGUUCUCUCAACAAUAUGACAUGAAGAUAUCAAAAAGUUUUGGGGAAAUGUAUGUUCAGUGAUGAAUCCAGAAAGGAAGUUGUUUUGUAGAGUUUUUCUUAGGUCGUUGCUGAGUAAGGUUGCAUUUUGGUGGCUCCUUGUUGGCCUCUGGGAACAUUGGUGGAAAUCCAGUACCAAGUUCCCACUCGAGUAGGCCCAUUGAAUCAAUGGCACUUACCAAAUGGAGCCUCCGAUUCCCCAGUGCUUCAGCGGGCCUGCUCCAGUUGGAUUUCAGCCAUUACCGCAUCGGAAAUCGAGAGGCCUGACUCCCAGAUAUGAUUUUGGGAAGCUUGUAAACAGAAUUAUCGAGCUUCCUGCAAUGCAGACCAAAGGGUGACUUUUCAGAAAUGGUUGUGUGACUUCAGCCGCCAAAAAUUAGAACUUUCAAGUGUAUGGGGGCCAAGAGGAAAAGAGGGG